AUGGUUCGCGUCUCUGUCUUGAACGACUGCCUCAACAACAUUGUCAAUGCCGAGCGCCGUGGAAAGCGUCAGGUCCUUAUCCGCCCGAGCUCCAAGGUCAUUGUGAAGUUCUUGAGUGUCAUGCAACGUCACGGCUACAUUGGCGAAUUCGAGCAGAUCGAUGAUCACCGCUCCGGCAAGAUCGUCGUUCAACUCAACGGCCGCUUGAACAAGACUGGUGUCAUCUCUCCUCGCUUCAACGUUCAGGUCAACCAGAUUGAGUCUUGGGUCAACUUGUUGCUCCCCGCCCGUGGUUUCGGUAUCAUCAUCUUGACCACCUCAGCUGGUAUCCUCGAUCACGAUGAGGCUCGCCGAAAGCACGUCGGAGGCAAGCUCCUUGGAUACGUGUACUAA